AUGAGCACUUCAACUUCUAAUAUACGAGAUAAAAUUAUUGAAUCUAUUAAACAUUUUUCAGAAAUAAAACAACUUGAAAUUGAGGAUAAAGUUAUUCAAAAUGAACUUGAAAAAAUUUCUGAACAAGAAGAAAAAUUUCGUGAUUUUGCCAAAGAUUAUGAUCAAAGAUUAAGCAAUCAUGCUGAUGAUUUGAUCACAUUCGCUGAAUGUUGUGAAGAAGAUAAUAUUAGUAGUGAUGAAUUAUUGGUAUCUUUAAAAAAAUUAAGUGAUGCUAAACUUAAUAAGAGUAAAUCUGAAUUAAUAUUUCAACUUGAAAAUGUUAAAAAUUGUUUAAAUGGAAUCAUUAAUGAAAUUACUAAUUAUGAUGAUAAAAUUACUAAAGAACAAACAGAUUUGAAUAAUGAAAUUAAUAAAUUAGAUAAAAAUACAAAUGAAGCUAUAUUAUUCGCAAAAGGUAGUGUAUUCUUAGUUGGUGUGGCUGCAAUUGCUGCUGUACCUUUCACUGCUGGAGCUUCUUUAGCUAUUCUUCCUGUAAAACUUAUCGUUACAAUAAGCUCAAGUUUGAUCGUUCAUGGUGCCGCCACUGCUGUAGUUUCUACUAUUGCUGCAGGUACUACUACAAUUCAAAGUAAAAUUUUAAAUUCUAAAUUAAAGGGUAUUAGAGAACAAAUAUCACGAUUAUUACAAGAAAUACAAAAAAGUAUCCAAGAUAUAAAUACAAUUAUAUCACAUUGUGAUUCCCAUUUUGAAGAACAAAUCGCUGAAAUUGAAGAAGUUGAAAAAAUUGUUGACAUUUUUAAAAAAUUGGAUGAUAGAAAUGGUAGACAAUUAAUCAAACCUAUCGCUAGAACUAUUUCAACUAGAGCUCGAAAAAAUUCUGAAAGUUAUAGCGUUGACAUGCGACAAGUUUUGAAGAGAGAUUCGGGAUUCUACGAUUGCUACGUUUGCGAAGAAUUCGAAGAUUAA